AUGGCUACCAGUCGCAAGGUCGCCUCGAAGCACGCAAAAUCGAAGGACGUGCAACCAGCGCAACGAGUACCACCACCUACACGCACCGCAAGUGGUCGACAGCGACGCCCGACUGAAAAAGAAAACUACCGUGUCUCUGAGUCUCAGCAUGUCACCCAUCGCCAAGAAACCAAGGAAAAGAAGAUAGAAAAACAGAAGAAAAAAGCACUGAGGGCUGCUUACGAUGCUGAUCCCGACAGCUUCGAGGAAGAGCCAUCUAAGCUGCAUAGCGGCAUUGAUAGGGAAGAAGAAAAUAUGUUCUCAGAUUGCGACAUGGUGUCCAAGCUGUCCCGGUCCAAAUCAAAGGUACUGACAUUCAGUGCUGGUAAAAUACCCCCAGUGUCGCGCAACGCCAGUGCCAUGCGCAAGGCUACUACUACAGCUCUGACUUCGAGUCCAUCCGAUGACUCCGAGUCGGAUGAGUCGACAGACCGGUCCAAGCGUCCACUUGACGACUCGGAGACUUUGGACGAUGGCAUGGUACUGCCGAAGAUCAAGAGAAAUUCAGAUGGUUCACGCCAUCGCAUGAAAGUCAGCGACUUCAAUGAUGUGUCCAAAGAGAUUUUGGGGACGGCAGCCUCUAUUUUCCGGUGUCUGAUAGUCUCCCAGGUGCCAUUUCCCGAGAACAUUGCUGUCGAGACGCAGUUGGCAAAAGCAGCCUGGCAUGAGGCAUGUCAAAUCAAAGGCAUCAAUGUCAAAUUGAUGCCUUCAGGUGUCAAAAUGAAUAGGGAUCUAGCAGAGUCUUUGAAAGACGGUUCUGUAUUUGCUUUCAAGGAUUGGGAGUUGAAGAAGGGAAUCUACAAGACGGAGUUACUGCAACUGGGCAUCAACAUCCACAUACUUCAGUGUGGGAGUGGUACUGGCCGACCACUGCCUACACAUGUAUAUUGGUGCUGGCCAGAGGUGUGGGAGUGGUACUGGCCGACCACUGCCUACACAUGUAUAUUGGUGCUGGCCAGAGGUGUGAAUGUGGUACUGGCCGACCACUGCAUAUACAUGUACAUUGGUGCUAACCACAGAUGUACAUUGGUGCUGGCCAGAGGUGUGGGAGUGGUACCGGCCGACCACUGCCUACACAUGUAUAUUGGUGCUGGCCAGAGGUGUGGGACUGGUACUGGCCGACCAUUCAAGUGAGGCUCCCUAUACACACACAUCAGUAUCAGCCAACACCUUAGGACAUGGAAAAUAGAGUUGGCCUGACUAAGUCCAAGUCAUGUAGAGGCAGGCAGUUCAACAACUUAAGGCAUCAGAAAAACUUAACAUUGUUGAAGAACCUUAUGGUACUUGGCCAAGUCUUUCCAAGACUUGCACUAACACACUCAAGUCCAGC